AUGCUGCGUCCUUACGACAAACACCUCCUCGCAAAACAAGCACUCGUUGCAGUCAUCAAAGACUCUCCAUUCCACAUCCUCUCAUCUUCCAAUCUCACAUGGACUCCCGACGCCGUCGUCCAACUCCUCCGCUCCAUCUCCCGUUUCUCAUUCCAGUCCCACCGUUCCCUUGGCCGCCAAAACAACCUCUUCCGCCACCGCACCUUACCUCUCUCAAAUCUCAAACCAUACUCAAACUCAUACCUAACCAACCUCGGUCUCCGUAAAGCCCAAGAAUUCCUCCAUUGGAUCCAUUCACGUUUCAACUUCCUCCACACCCAUUCCACUUCCUUAGAAAUGGCCAUCCUCAUCACCAAGUCUAACAACACCAAAGCCCUCUGGUCUUUCCUCAAACAAGUUUCAUCAUCAUCAUCAUCAAACUAUGUUACUAACAAUCUCGUUACAACCGCGAGCAUUACCUGUUUGAUUAAACUCCUAGGAGAACAAGGCUUGGCAAAAGAAGCCUUACUUACAUUCUACCGAAUGAGACAAUUCGGUUGCAAACCCGAUACACAAGCUUACAACGCGUUGAUUAAUGCAAUGUGUAGCGUUGGGGAUUUCACCAAAGCAAGACACUUGCUUCAACAGAUGGAGCUUCCGGGGUUUCAUUCUCCGCCUGAUGUUUUCACUUACACUAUUAUGAUAAGUUCUUAUUGUAGGUAUGGUGUGAAGAUUAGUGGUUGUAGGAAGGCGGUGCGCAGGAGAUUAUAUGAAGCGAAUAGGCUCUUUCGUGUUAUGGUUUUUAAAGGUAUUGUUCCUGACGUUGUUGCUUAUAAUGCGUUGAUUGAUGGUUGUUGUAAGACGUACCGUGUUGGUAGAGCUUUGGAGUUGUUUGAGGAUAUGAAGACAAGAGGAUGUGUUCCGAACCGUGUUACUUAUGAUUCUUUUAUAAGAUAUUUUUGUGCUGUGAAUGAGAUUCAUAAAGCUGUUGAGUUUUUAAGGGAUAUGCAGAGGUUGAGUCUUGAUGGUGGGAAUGGGAUAGUGGGUGGUUGUAGUUCUUACACGCCCAUUAUUCACGCGCUUUGUGAGGCUGGGAGAGUUGUUGAUGCUUGGAGUUUUCUUGUUGAGUUGGUUGAUAGAGGAUUGGUGCCUCGAGAGUUUACUUAUAAAUUGGUUUGUGAUGCGCUUCGUUUGAAAGGAGAGGAUGGUUUGCUGAGUGGUGAAGUGCAUCAGAGAAUAAAAGAUGGCGUGUUGGAGAGGUAUAGGCGAACCAUGAAAGUUAAACCAGUUAUGACUCGCAAAGGGUAUCCUGAGCUGGAAUUGUUUUCUUAA